AUGUCUGAGGGAGCCACUCCGUCUCCCAAGCCCGCAGUGGUGGUGGAGGCUCACGAAGUCGACACUUACCAUGUCCCCAAGGCAUUCUUCGAGAAGCACCCGAGUAAGCCGCAUUUGAGCGGUCUGGACGAGUACAAGAAGCUCUAUGAGGAAUCCAUCCGGGAUCCCGACACCUUCUGGGCCCGAAUGGCCCGGGAACUGCUCACCUUCGACAAAGACUUCCACACCACCCACACGGGCUCUCUCGUCAACGGCGACAAUGCCUGGUUCCUGGGAGGCCGCCUGAACGCGUCCUUUAACUGCGUCGAUCGCCAUGCCAUCAAGAACCCGGACAAGGUCGCCGUCAUCUAUGAGGCCGAUGAGCCCAACGAAGGCCGCUCCAUCACCUACGGGGAGCUGAUGCGGGAAGUCUCGCGGGUUGCCUGGGUGCUGAAGUCCCAGGGCGUCAAGAAAGGCGAUACCGUCGCCAUCUACCUGCCCAUGAUCCCCGAAGCCAUCAUUGCCUUCCUGGCCUGCGCUCGCAUCGGCGCCAUCCACUCCGUUGUCUUCGCCGGCUUCUCCUCAGAUUCGCUGCGGGACCGUGUUCUCGACGCCAAGUGCAAGAUCGUUAUCACCACCGACGAAGGCAAGCGUGGUGGCAAGCUGAUCGGCACCAAGAAGAUCGUCGACGAGGCUUUGAAGCAGUGCCCGGACGUCACCAGUGUCCUGGUCUACAAGCGCACCGGAGCGGACGUGCCGUGGACCAAGGGCAGAGACCUGUGGUGGCACGAGGAGGUCGAGAAGUUCCCCAACUACCUGCCUCCGGAAUCCAUGGACUCCGAGGACCCUCUCUUCCUUCUCUACACCUCCGGCUCGACGGGCAAGCCCAAGGGUGUCAUGCACACCACCGCUGGCUACCUGGUCGGCGCCGCGGCGACUGGAAAGUACGUCUUCGACAUUCACGAAGACGAUCGCUUCUUCUGCGGUGGAGAUGUUGGCUGGAUCACGGGUCACACCUAUGUCGUCUACGCCCCAUUGCUCCUUGGCUGCUCCACCGUCGUCUUCGAAAGUACCCCGGCCUACCCCAACUUCUCUCGCUACUGGGACGUGAUCGAGAAGCACAAGGUGACGCAAUUCUACGUCGCCCCUACCGCCCUGCGGCUCCUCAAGCGUGCCGGUAACGAGCACAUCCACCACAACAUGGAGCACCUGCGUGUCCUUGGAUCGGUCGGUGAACCAAUUGCGGCUGAAGUUUGGAAGUGGUACUUUGAGGUUGUUGGUAAGCAGCAAGCGCACAUCGCCGACACCUACUGGCAAACGGAAACCGGCUCGCACAUCAUCGCUCCUUUGGGCGGUGUUACCCCUACGAAACCCGGCAGUGCCUCUCUGCCUUUCUUCGGUAUCGAGCCUGCCAUCAUCGAUCCCGUCUCGGGCGAGGAGAUCAAGGGCAACGACGUCGAGGGCGUCCUUGCCAUCAAGCAGCCAUGGCCCAGCAUGGCCCGUACUGUCUGGGGUGCCCACAAGCGGUACAUGGACACCUACCUGAACGUCUACAAGGGCUACUAUUUCACCGGUGAUGGUGCCGGCCGUGACCACGAUGGAUACUACUGGAUCCGUGGCCGUGUGGACGACGUCGUUAACGUGUCUGGUCACCGUCUCUCCACGGCAGAGAUCGAGGCCGCCCUGAUCGAGCACCCCAUGGUUGCCGAAGCGGCCGUUGUGGGAAUUGCAGACGAACUCACCGGCCAGGCGGUGAACGCGUUCGUUUCUCUCAAGAGUGGCAACGAGACGAACGACCAGGUGCGCAAGGAUCUUAUCAUGCAGGUGCGCAAGUCCAUUGGACCCUUCGCCGCCCCCAAGGCUGUCUACGUCGUGGACGACCUCCCCAAGACCCGCAGUGGCAAGAUCAUGCGUCGUAUUCUGCGCAAGGUCCUGAGCGGCGAGGAGGACAGCUUGGGUGACACUUCUACGCUGUCGGACCCGAGUGUUGUGACUAAGAUCAUCGAGACCGUCCACGCUGCCCGCAAGUGA